GUCAUUUAUAAGGACGCUGAAGGGGACUGCACUCUCCGAGAAAAGACUCCACAACUCAUGAGUGGAAUGAAAACAUCUGAAUUAAUCACAGGACUUCGCUUUGAAUUCGACUAAAGGUACAAAUCGACGACUUGGUACAGUACAGUUCCACUAUUUUGGAAGUUUUGCUGUUUUUUUUUUUUGUAGUUUUGAUCUUCAGUAUAAUAGUUCAGCGGGACUUUGCGCUGGAGAUUGACUCAUUUUGGGACACUGAAGACUCGGUGUCCGCGCAUCAUCUUUACAGCGCACCUUUGUAGCUAUUUGACUGUCUUAUUUUGAAAUAUGUCCACAAUAAUGGAACAGCCUUUUUAUGACGACUCGUUUCUCUCUGCUUAUGGCCAUCCAGGCGCAGCCCUGCCCGACUACAAGCUGCUAAAGCAGAAUAUGAACUUGAACUUCUCCGAUUCAUAUCGGAACUCAAACUUCAAGGCACAGCACCUGCGCGCCGACGGUGAUUUCUAUUCAGCCGGCACUGCGGACGUCGGCUCGCUGAAGCUCGCCUCACCUGAGCUAGAACGACUGAUCAUCCAGAACAGCAACGGGGUCCUCACAACACCGACACCGCAGUACCUCUACAACCGCGGGAUCACAGAGGAGCAGGAAGGAUUUGCAGAAGGGUUUGUUAAAGCGUUGGACGAUCUACACAAGAUGAACCAGAUGGCUCCUCCAAACGUGUCCAUCGGCACUGGUGGGGUUGCAUGCCCGGCUCCGACGCCGGUGUUUGGCUCGCCCAUGCAGCCAGAACCGCUCGAGUACACAAAUUUGAGCAGCUGCACAGCAAACCCCAGCAUGACCUCUGCAGCCAGUUAUCCCUCCACUACUAUCAGCUACCUUCCUCAUCACCAGUACCAUCAGCAUCCUCAGCCCGUUGCCCACGGAUCCCACCACUUCCAGCACUCCCUGGCUGGGGUCAGUAUCCACUCACAGCGCUUCGGAGGGCUAAAAGAGGAGCCCCAGACCGUCCCCGAUAUGCAGAGCAGCGACAACGGAUCUCCACCGAUGUCCCCAGUAGACAUGGAGAACCAGGAGCGGAUCAAAGCGGAGCGCAAGCGGCUAAGGAACCGGCUCGCAGCCUCGAAAUGUCGGAAGCGCAAACUGGAGCGCAUCGCACGUCUGGAGGACAAAGUUAAAGUGUUGAAAACUGACAACGCCGGACUUUCAAACACGGCUUCUCGACUGCGAGAACAGGUGGCCCAGCUAAAACAAAAAGUAAUGACACACGUGAGCAGUGGUUGCCAGCUCAUGUUAGCGCCCAAAGUCAAGUCUUACUAAAGCAAUUAUGCACUUUUACAAAAACACUGGACAAGAGCUGCACUGAAAA